AUGCAAAUCUCCAAGCUCCUCGCAGCAGGCCUACUCACCCUGGCAGCAGCCCACCCAGGCCCGCACCACCAACCCAGCAAACGCGAGAUAACCAGACGGCACGAGCUCUCCUCACGCUGCGCCUCAAACGUUGCAUCCUUCAACUCCAGACGAGUCAAGCGCAACCUCUCCAAGCGUUUCCCAGGCUCGACAAACACAACCUACCAGAUCCAAACUGAAGCCCCAUACUACCAGACCAUCCAAAAUGACACCUGCGUGCUCACACCAGAAGUCACAGAAGGACCGUACAUCUGGCCUCAAUCCCAGACUCUCCGCCAAGACAUGACAGAAGACCAGCCCGGUAUUCCGCUUUGGUUGGAUGUUGGCGUGCUGGACAUGGAAACCUGCGAGCCACUUGAAGGCGUGCUUGUUGAUUUCUGGCACUGCAAUGCCACAGGCUCGUACUCUUCUUUCACGGGAUUAUCGCCAAAUACCCCCUUCGCUCAAUUACUUGAGAAUCUCAAUGUCACAAUGACCGAUGACCUGGAUUUGCAUACCGAUGACACAACCUGGCUUCGUGGGAUGUGGCCAACCGAUAAGAACGGCAUGAUGGAGAUGAAGACAAUUUUCCCUGGCUUCUAUGUUGAGCGAGCCAUCCACAUCCACGUCCAGGUGCACACUGACUGGACUAUCCGUGGCAAUGGCACUAUGGCCUAUGGCGAAACAAUCAGCACUGGCCAGAUCUACUUCGAUGAACCUCUGUCGAAGAAGAUCAUGGCGCAGGAGCCUUAUGUUUCGCACACAGAGAUCAACCGCACUACCAAUGCUGUGGAUAGUGUUUUUGAGGGCGAUACCGAUAAUGGAUAUAACCCGGUUGUCUCUGUUGUUCCUGUUGAUGGAAACGAUGUCACCAAGGGUAUGAUUGGAUAUAUCACUAUUGGUGUUGAUAAGACCAAGGUGGAGUAA